UCCCGCCCCGCUUCUAGGCUGCUCCCCAGCUGAUCUUGCCCUGGGAUCUGAGUCCAGAAAGCAGGAGGAGGAGACUCUGAGGACAGAAAUAUGGGCCCUGCGGGCUGCGUCUUCCUCCUGCCUCUUCUGUUGGGGAUCUCAGGGACAGAUGAGGAGGAACCCGAGAAUCUCGUCAAGUCAAUCUGCGGGCGGCCCGCGGUUUUCUCUGGCAUCGUCUCCGGCCUGGAGGCCAACGUGGGGCAGUGGCCCUGGCAGGUCAGCAUCCGCCAGGGCUUGUCUCACGUCUGUGCCGCCUCCCUCAUCUCAAAGCAGUGGGUGCUGACAGUGGCAAGCUGCUUCCGUCACUGCUCGGGAACCUAGGAUAAAAUCUGUAAGCCAUGAACUACCAGGUAUCUGCUCGUCUCCGCAUCAGCCCGUUC